CGCGAUGCGCCCGUCUUCACGAACGAGGACGUUCGAGACGUCAGCAGCGCGGAGCGCAGCGAUGGCGGCGAUGGAUCCGAAGAAGAAGAUGAAGAAGAAAACGAAGAAGAAGAUGAAGAAGAAAAUGAAGAAGAAGAAGAAGAAGAAGAUGAAGAAGGGAGAAAGGAAGAAGAAGAAGAAGAGGGGAGCUGCUGCUGCACCUCCGAGGAAAAGAAGAGAUCACGAGAUCGAGCCCGAGCCGUCCAAUCAGAUGGAUCGUACGGAGGCUGCUGCUGUGUGAGGUGGCGCGAGUUGACCCGGAUAUGGCGGCGUGAACCUGGACCAAAAAGCCGGGAAGGUUCGGAGACGAUCGCUGCUCCGGUGACUGGUAGCCAGCUUUUCGGUUCUGGAGGAGACGCUAGGCUUUUUGUUAGACAACUUAGCAGACAAGAAGGUUCGGAAGCAGGUUGGGGUCGGGGUCGGGGUCGGGAUCGGGGUCGAGGUCGAGGUCGGGAUCCGGACACAGCGGGAAAUCGCGCAAUGCUGGUGGCGAAGCGAGCGAUGGCGGGAAUUCGACGUCCGUCCGCGCCGAAAAGCGCACUCGGCGCGCAGUGGCCGUCGCCGUGGACGCCGUGCAAGUGGCGUUGAAGCUGAAAAGCCCUACAUGGACAACGACUAAGUGAGGAGAAGGAUAUGGAAAGCAACCUCGGGGUACUCAUCGAUCAAUAUAAAUAUUUUUAAAUCUUAAAAAAAAAAAAAAUCAAGGGGAAAAGAAAUGAGAGAAGAGUUUCCCAAAAAAAAAAAAAAAAAAAAAAAAAAAAAAAAAA